GGAGUAAAACAAACAUACAGUCAAUAAUACAGUAGAAAAAUAAGUCUAUAUACAAUCACAACAUAGUUGGCUUAACAGCUUUACAAGCUAUCAUUCAAUUGGAAAGGUGAGCGCUCAAAGAAAGCACCUCUUGUAGACAGGUAAAAACUCAAUGGCAAAUAUAUUUUCCUUCCUCUUCUUGAACAUCCAUUUAAAGUCCAAGUUUCAAAGGUCAAUUUGAAUUACCAGAAUGUAAAUGAAUGCGUCCUAGUUUCAUAAUGAGUUUGUUAUAAAAAGUGUGAAUCAGCCAUGACCUAAGUCAACCUCAGUGRGUGUGUGCCUUCAACUGUAGUCUCGCCCUUUGUGAAUCAGUAAAAGUUUGUAAUUGAAGCUAUUGUGUACUUGCUAUUGUCACAUACCUGGAGUAUGUCCCAAAUGGCACCCUAUAUUCUCUAUAUAAUACACUACUUUUGACUUUUGCCCUAUGGACCCUGGUCGAGAGUAGUGCUCUAUUUAGGGAAUCGGGUUCCAUUUGAGAAACAGCCCAGGUGCAUUCCAUGCCCUGUUUGCUUGCUCCACUCCCCCACCCCGGGGAAUGCGACUGACUUCCUUGUAGAGCAGGGUUGUGGCUCACUCACUGCUGUCACCAAAGCAUGCAGCUCUCACUACCAUCCUGAGGGAGACUCAAGGUGCUCAGGUGGAAUACUUUACCAGGAACCUAUAACUGACCAUAGGAUUCUCUUCUUGUUUAUGUUUUAAGUGUUAGAGGGAGAACCUGAGGAGGAUGUUGUACACAGAGUUUCUGCGGUUGUGGGAUGAGGCGGUAAAGGCAGUGGAUGCCAGAGACUGGCAGGGAGCCCUGUCUAAACUCAACCAGAUCACUGAACCUACCUCCCGGACUCUGUUUCUGACCGCCUCUGCUCACCUCGCCUUGGGGCAGCUGGAGCCUGCCAUCCAGGCUCUAGACCAGACCAUAGCAAAGGAUGAGCGACUUGCAGUUGGCUUUUUCCAAAGAGCUGGAGCAUUCAUGAGUCUUGUAUAACACAGCAGCUGUCCACUCUAGACUGGACCAGUUGGACAAAGCCCGGGACAUCCUGAUCUCAGCCUCCCAGGAGAAAGGAAGAGGGGGGAGAGGAGGGAACAUGGAGGUGGCUUUAGACAUGAUCUCUAGGGGAGAGGUGCUGCCUGUCCUCCUGGUGCCAGAGGGGCAGGUGUUCCGCCCCAGGAAACAGGACGUAGAACAGCUGGGAGAGAGAGACUUCCUGGGCAAACCAAAGGUCAUUUCCUCUAUGAUUCCCAAUGAUGACUUUGGUGGAUUUGAACCUCUCAGGGUUCAGAAACCUGGAUACUACGAGCCCAAGGUGGAUAGAGUGGAGGAUACUCGCUACAUGCGUCUGCGUACCCCCUACAUAUCCGGGGGCCCUGGUCAGCUGACGGUGCCAGGGGGAGCCAUGGUGUUUGUCUUCAGUGAUAUGGAAAGAGAUGGACUGGCCACGGUCAUACACGAUGGACAGAAAGGACUUGUCCCCACGACACUGCUAGACCCCGUGGAUGUCAAGAAGUCCAAAGGCAGGAGAAAUUAUAAAAGUAUUCCCAGUGGGAUCCCCCUCCCACCGGGCCUCAGGCCGCCCACUCGCCCACAGAACCAGCCCAGCCCCAUUGCAUCUCCUCAGGAGAGCCCAAUUAGACAGGCACCACCACCAUCCUAUGCCUCUGCCACCCACUCACCAAACAGCUCCACCCCGCUACGCAAGUACACAUCCACAGUAGACAGCCCCACUGAACUGGAUCCCACUUCACCCCAGGGAGCAGAGGCUGGGUCUGUGGUGGUAAAGGUGCAUUACAGAUACACCGUGGCUCUGAGUGUCCCUUUAGGCACACCGUACGAUGAACUACAGGAGAGAAUUGCUCACAAAUUGGGGCAGCCAGCCUCACACUUGCGCCUCAGACACAGGCAGCAUGGCUCCCAGGUGCUGAAGCCUCUGGAUGGGGAGGAGGGGCUCAGGGCCCUGCUGGAGGUGGCAGAGGCAGGCAGAACCACACUGUGGUGCCAGACUGAGGACCGCCUGGACAACCGUACCAUUCUCUACCAGAUGGUGGCACUGUAUGACUAUGCAGCAGACGGCCCAGAGGACUUGGAGUUCAGUGAGGGAGACUCUAUUGACAUUCUCAGUGAAGUCAACGAGGAGUGGCUGGAGGGACACUGUGCUGGUUACAUUGGCAUCUUCCCCAGCUGUUUUGCCUACCGGGAAGAAGAGACCCCCACAACCAGGGGUGCAACUUUCACUGGGGACGGGGGGGGUCAUGUCCCCCCCACAUUCUGAAAUUGCAUUUUUACCCCCCCCCCCGUGUUUUUUCAGUGCAAUGUGAGUUUUUAUUAGUCAGUAUGGCAAUGUAACUUUAUUGAUUUGUCAGUUUCCCUAAUUCCCUACUUUUCACACUGACACAGUAAUAAACAGCUCUAACAUUC